GUGACUGGAAAUUCUUAGCAUUUUCAUUUUUGAGGAGAUAAGGGCCAACCGCGCCUUCCUUUUUAUUUUUUUUUCUCAUUUCCGUCACGUAAAAAUCAUUUUCUAUGAUUUGAUCUCUUAUAAAAUUUAAUUUAAUUUUUAACUCUUUCAACACCUUGAAUUUCCUAAUUUCUGUAGUUUUUUUUCUCAUUGGAAUAUUCUUUCUUUCCUAAUUUCAUUUAUUUGCAUUAUUAAUUUUGAAUGUUACUGUAAAAAUUUUAUUUUAACAAUAUAAAAAUUUAAGUUAUUUAAUUAAUAUUUUAAAAUAUUUUUUAUACAAAUUAAAUAAUUUAUUUUUUCUUAAUUCAAAUUUUAUAUCUCUUAUUAAUUUUCAUUAUUCUUGUAAUUAAUAUUUAAAAUUAUAAAAUUUAUUAUUAAAAUCGUCUGUCUCACCUUAAGCCAUCCUCGGAGUUGACGAUCCCCCCUACCCCCUAACCAUCUUGCCCCAACCCCACUCCUUAUUUUUUGAGCAAAAAUAUUUACUACCAUAAUCUAAUCUCUUGAAAAAUUCAUUUUUUUUUGUCUUGAGAUUUUGUUUCCUUAUCUGAAUUAUAUCUAAUCAACUAUUUUCUAAACUUAAUAAUCUGGAAUUCCCUAAUUUAUGUAGUCUUUCUUUAAUUUUUUUUCCCCUUUAGCUGCUGUUUUUCCAUCUGGGUAUUCUUUCUUUUGUCUUACUAAUUAAUAAAAUCUAGGUUUUUUUCAUUUGCAUUUUGUUUUAGGACUAGUUGGUCAAGCUUGUUUAAUUGUUGUAUUAUAUACUUAAUUCUCUGUCUCUCUCUCUUUUUUUUUUUGGCAAAAAUGAAUUAGGCAUGGUUGAUUCUUGAAAGUUUACAAUUAAGUGAAAAAGGUAGGAUUUUUAGCUUCAAUUUGCUUAUUAUAAAGAAAAUGGUUUUUAAAUUUAGUUACUUUAUUGGCUUCUUUCCCUUUUGUACUAUAUAGUUUUUCUCUUUUUGCAAAAAAUUGAAUUAGGGUAUGGUUGAUUGUUGUUGCAAGUUUACAAUUAAGUGAAAAAGGUAGGAUUUUUAGUUUCAAUUUCCUUAUUUUCAAGAAAAAAGUUUCUAAAUUUAGUUACUUUUUGGUGUUUUUGCCCUUUGUGGAUUAUAUGUGUGUUGGGAUGUUUUUGUUAGUUUGAGGUUCCUGUUGUCAGUGUGUAAAAUUUUCUUGCUCAUGUUUUGAGUUUUCUUGUUUUUGUAUGUUAUGUUACCCAAUUUUAUCAGUUUUGGGAAUUGAGCAUUGUGGGUUGUUAGAUCUGUUGUUUUAAUGGAUUAUACGGGAGAUGGUGGUUUUGCUGGAGGGAAUGUGAUCCCAGAUUCCGCGGCUGGUAGUGGUGGUGGUUUUGAGAGUUGGGGUCCUAAUUUUUCUGAUCAGGCAGUUUGGGCUACUGAGGAUGAUUAUAAAGCCUGGAACAAUGGUCCCUUUUGUGAAACCCCGUCCAAUUCGAGUCAGGAUGGUGGUAGGCAUUCGCAAAACCGGUCUGGGAGUGAUCCUCCCAACAAGAAGUCAAGGAACGUGCAGGAUUCAGAUGCGCGUGUUAUAGUUACUAGUAGCUCGAAAGCGAUUGGAAAGAUGUUCUUUAAGACUAAAUUGUGUUGUAAGUUCCGUGCUGGUGUCUGCCCCUAUGUUACUAAUUGUAACUUUGCUCAUGGAAUUGAGGAGCUUCGGAAACCACCUCCUAAUUGGCAAGAGAUAGUAGCUGCACAUGAAAGUGAGCGGGGAGGAAUGGUGGAAAUGAGAGAAGAACACCAGAUACCAAUAUUGAGCUCUCCUGAUUUGCGUGGGGAGUCUCAAAGGUCCUCUAAAGGGAGGCACUGCAAGAAGUUCUACACUGAAGAGGGAUGUCCUUAUGGAGAUAGUUGCACUUUCCUUCACGAUGAGCAAUCGCGGUCUAGAGAGAGUGUUGCAAUAAGUGUGACUCCAACUGUUGGUGGAUUUGGAAAUAAUGCUGCUGGAGCAACGCAAAAGCCUUCAAACUGGAAGACAAGAAUUUGUAAUAAGUGGGAGACUACUGGUUAUUGUCCGUUUGGUGGCAAGUGUCAUUUUGCUCAUGGUGCGGCAGAACUGAACAAGUUUGGUGGACCUUCGGAAGCAGAGGGCAAAGAUUAUGUUUCUGUUCCUCCAGAUUCAAAGCAGGGAGGGGUUCCAUUAAGAGCAACGGAAAGUACAUUGCCCUCAAUCAUUCCAGCACUCCACUCAGAUGUUUAUCAUCUGGGGCAGGGUGUUCAGGUACAAAGGCCGACUGGCAUAGUUGAGAGGCCUGGCCAGAGGUUAAAAUGGAAAGGCCCGGAUAAGAUUAGUAAAAUAUACGGCGACUGGAUUGAUGACCUUGAGUGAAGGAGUUGUUUAACUACUGAUCUGUUUACCAAGACACUGAAUAGCCAAAGGGUGCUUUCAGCCAAGCACCCGAAGGAAUUUUCCCCAGCGUCUUUUUGCCCUUUUGAACUAAAUUUCAGCAUAUGCCUAACCUUGUUGUGUUAAGAGUUGCAAACUAGUUAGCUGCUCGGCAGCCAAUGUUUAAAAACUUGUUUGUAUUAUUCACAAAUUAUUUGUAAGAAUUAUAGUUGGCUAAAAUCUCUAUACUUGAGCC